UUCUUAGUGAAAUUGAACGUGAGAAGUUGUACUGAAAAUCUAAAUCAGAGAGUAACUCAAAAACUGCGCUGAAUUCCACGCUACAUUCCCACGAUUGUGUGUGUACUGAGGUACUGAGUAAGAACAAUGGGCGGAAAUAAAAAGAAGAAAUCGACGUGCUAUGUGUAUGUGAAAAAUCUCACCAAUAAUAAAAAGUAUGCCCUUUCUGCCGAUUUGCUGUACCAUUGGAAUGGCAAUGCCAAUGAAGCCCAAGAAAAAUUUGACCCCAGUAAACCAUUUCAUAGUAGUAACCAAUACUGCGUGUUUUAUGCAGGGAAGGCUGUUCGUCACGCAGCCUACCAUGUUGCAGAAACAAGAGAACUCUGCCUAUCGAAAACUAAGGAAGUUGGCGGUAUGAGCCUCAGGCCUAGUGUAGUACCCGCUAGAAAAUCGCUGACACCAGCUGAAGUAUCAAAUACUGUGACUCUAUCGCAAAUGGAAAUGGCAGAUGCCAAAGCUAUGGAGGAAAGCGCAGAAAGUAAGAGGAAAGAGGUUCACGGAGACAGAAAGAAAGUGAAGAAUGAGAUGAAUAAUAACAAGAGUAAUAAGGAGAACCCAAUUAAAAAGAAGAAAAGCAAGUUGAACAAGACGUCACCAGUUAAUGAUAUUAAUCAGGACACCCUUCCAAGUGAUGAGACCGAGGCACAUAGGGAAAAACAUUAUGAGAUGGGCCAUGCAAAAAUAGUAUGUGAAAGUUUGAAGGAAAAAGGUACUGUGGGUGAAAGUCCAAGAAAACAGUCAUUUGUAAGAGCACUCUCACCACCCUCUCAAGUUAGAUCUCCAAUGAAGGCUGCAGAACAACCCCCAUGGAUUGAUCCACAAACUCAACAUUUGCCACUUCAUGAGAAUCUUAUGAAACAGUUUGAAAACAAUGACCAACGGACACCUGACAAAGGUUUGGAUGAUACCGACUUUAGCAGUGACUUUUCCGAUCGUGAGAAAAAGAAACCGAACAGGAAGGAAAAUUUGAAAAGGAGGUCAUCUGCCAGUGAAGUUAGUAAUGUUAGUCUACUCAAGGAGGACCAAACACCGGUAUUGGUUGGCCCUAAUAAGAGUGCCUUAGGCUCAGGUUCUAAGAGGCCAUCUUGCAAUGAUGUAAACUCAGGGCCCACAAAGAAAGUAAAAGAUGAUGGUGCAGUUUGCAACUCGACUUUCAAUACUAUGACUACUGCAAUAACCAAGAAUUCAGAUUGUAGCUGCGGUAGUAAUUACAUUGAUCUGUGCAAGAGACUGGAGACAGUUGAAGUGGCUUUGAAUCUGGUAUCCACUUCAAACAAGAAACUGUUUGAUUUAGUAUCCAAAAUGUACAACACUGGGAAGAAGUGCCGCAUAUCUCAACUGGAACGCGCAGUGGAGGGGUAUGACGACAUACCAGUCCCUGAUGAUUGUGUUCUUGUCGGUGAACUGAAUGGAUCUAUGCAAUUCCUCUCAAAAGAGGAUAUUGUGACAAUGGAAAAAAAGAAGACUUCCUUGAAAGGUCGGAUAUUAGAAUUGGGAAGGCUUUUUUAUGGAGAUAACUACUAUCUAUACAGCCUUGUAGGAAUAAAAAAUAAAAUAGAAAAAACUUAUGAGUUUAAAAUGGAAACACCUCAUAUUACUGCUAUAGCUAAAAUUCUGCAAUGUCUCCGCUGGACCAAGUCUGAGGACCUGUCUAGCUCAAACAUAGGAAGAAUGAUGGGGAAGUAUUUUUCCGAAGCAAGGAAAGUGGUAGAGAAGGCAGAGGAAGAGAGGCAGAUGAAGGCGUUCCAUGCUAGUCAGCAAGCAAAGUCUGUGGACCCCAAAAAGAAUAGUGAUGAUAGUGAUUCAAGCAAUCAAAAUGAAUAGGUCGACCUUCAAGGCAUCUGUGUUACCGUAUUAAAAUCAGCACAGCUUUGAAAUUUAUUCUGUUGUUCUAUUUUGAUUCUUUUUAAAUAUCUU